UUAGCCAUGCUCAUUUUGCGAGAUAUGACAAAUUUCUAACUACUUGCUCCUGUAUCUUAGGUUGUUCCUUUUACCCCAAGUGCUGGUGUUGUUGAAUGGGUAAAUGGCACCGUUCCACUCGGUGACUAUCUAUUGGGGAGUACUAGAAUCAGUGGAGCACACGGACGAUAUGGAACUGGUGACUGGACAUAUCUUCAAUGCAGAGAGUAUUUGAUGAGUGAGAAGGACAAAAGGAGGGCAUUUCUUAAAAUCUGCAACAACUUCAGGCCUGUAAUGCACCACUUCUUUCUCGAGAGAUUCUUGCUGCCCGCUGAUUGGUUCCAAAGUAGACUUGCUUACACAAGAAGUGUGGCAGCAAGCUCAAUGGUAGGAUACAUCGUGGGACUUGGGGAUCGCCAUUCCAUGAAUAUUCUAAUUGACCAAGACACAGCCGAGGUUGUACACAUUGAUCUUGGUGUUGCAUUUGAACAGGGUCUCAUGCUUAAAACACCUGAACGGGUUCCAUUUCGACUGACAAGGGACAUUAUAGAUGGCAUGGGCGUUACUGGUGUUGAAGGUGUGUUUAGAAGAUGCUGUGAGAAAACUCUCUCAAGUCAUCUAACUCAAGGGUAG